CACGUCUUUAUAACCAUCAUUUGAAAAUGCCAUAAACACCAUAUACAUUGCCAUCAUCUCCUACUGGUAAUAACGGUGUCACUUUUAAGUCCAGACCACAAUCUUUUCUCUUCACUCCUCUCCUUAAAGAAUGCUAUUCGAUAUAAUUAUGAUUAAAUUUCUUGUGGAAAGAUGAUAAUACGUGAACAAAGACUUCCAAAGUUCUCUUUGAAAACAUCCAGUUUCAUUUGUUUUCUAAUUGGAUUCCCAAUCACCCUAAUCACAGUCAAUAUGAUUCUUGUCACAAAACGAGAAUUUCCACAUCUUCAAAAUAUUUAUCAAAAUAUAGACGGAAAGCUGAGUGAAAUUUGUGAGCUAUUUUUACACACAAUACCAAAUCAAACAUUUGCAAAACAAUUUGAACACUAUUCAACUGAAAACCAUCAUUUAUUAAACAAAUGGACACCAAUGAGCAAUUGUAAAUUCCCCUUGAACACCUUAAAAUAUUCAUUUUGGUCUAGUGAAGAGGAAAUCAAUUUUCCAAUAGGAUUUGCUUUUGCAGUUUAUGAAGAUAUUGAUCGUAUAGCUCGUCUCCUGCGUCUUUUGUAUCGACCGCAUAAUUUAUACUGUAUACAUGUGGACCGGAGUACUUCAGACGAAUUUUAUCAAUCAGUAAUCCACCUGGCUAGUUGUUUUGGUUCAAAUGUUCAAGUUAUUAAUCGUUCACAGAGUAUUACAGUGAAAUGGGGUUAUUUUUCUGUAUUGGAUUCAUUUUUAAAGUGUACACAACUGAUGCUGAAUAAUACAGAAGUUGAUUGGAAGUAUGUAUUGAAUACAAAUGGAAAGGAAUUACCAUUACGUACAAACUGGGAAUUAGUGAAAGCUUUGAAAGCUUUAAAUGGAGCCAAUGUUAUAGGCGGUACAAUGAAAAAUGGACCAAAAGGUAGAAUUCCUAAGAGGAAACCAUCUUUUAAUGUUACAUGGGUGAAAGGAAGCUUUUUGGUUGCAUUACGCCGAGAAUUCGUUCAAUACAUACAUACCAACCCAAAACCAAUUGAAUUAUUAAACAUUUUAAAAGGAGAAGAACAUUUGAGAAAAAUUCCCGAUGAAAUGUUUUUCAGUACUUUAGCUUAUAAUCCACAAUUGAAUGCUCCUGGUGGUUGUAAAGAAUUUCACAGUCCUAAAGAUAAUGAUCCUUCUACAAGAUUUGUAUCACGAUAUGUUGUCUGGAAACCGAAGUAUUGUGCCACUGGCAAGCGAUAUCAUACAAUCUGUAUGUUAGGUGUACAGCAUCUUUAUAAUUUAAGCCGAAGUGAAGAAUUUUUUGCUAAUAAAUUUUACACUGGUUUCUAUGAUACAGCAUAUGAUUGUCUUGAAUAUUGGAUAUUAAAAAAGAUGAAAAAUGAAUAUUUAACUGGUAGAGUUGACGCUACAUUCAAUGUUCAAUUUUAUUCUGAAUUAUAUUGUUCAAGGAAUCAUAACUAAUCAUGUAUUGAUUUGUAUAUUUUGUUUUAAUAGAGAUUGGGGAUCAUGAUGAUGAUGAUGAUAACGAUGAACAGGAACUUUGUGUUAUAAUUCUUUUUCAAG